ACCGACGUACUACGAAAAUACUACUACUUCCUGUGAACUUGUUUUGAAUUUACAAAUAUAUUUUUUGAGAAACGUUAAUUGGUUAACAAUUAAGUGACAGUGUGUAGUUGAAUAUUUUAAGCUACGUAUCAAAUGGCUUAUUCCUGCUGGAUAUAUCUGAAUUGAUCCUGAAAAAAACAACAGCAAAGCAGAUAAAAUGACAGCCAUGGAUUUCUUGCCGAGUGACUUGGAGCACAUGAAUACAAACUUUCUGGACAUGAUUGAGAAUGAAGCAAACUCGCAGCUCCUUGAUAUAGACAAUCUGAACUCGGAUAGACUGAAUGAUAUUCUAAAUGGGGAUAUCACUGGGAUGGAUUGUGAAGCAGAUGAGGUAAACAAUUCAAACUGGUUCCAAGGGCUACAGUGGAGUGACACAUGCAAAGUACCACAGAGUUUAAUUGAUGCCUCCAGUGAGGUUGAAAACAAUAACCCCAACUUGCUAGUCAAUCCACAGAGUGUUCUUCCAAUGCACUCAACAUAUCAGACUCAUACAUCCAGUCACACACAGCAAAUGAACCAAAUAAAUUCCCGUGGAGGAAUUGCUGUAAAGAUAAAUGGACAAGAUGCAGUGCUCACUCCUACCCAGCACCCACACAUACAGUAUGUGACAGUGCAUAAUAUAUCUAGCCUAAACAAUUCACAACUUGGAUAUACCGUCCAACCAGUGACAAUUUGUCAGCAACAGUUACAAAAUGUUGGAUCACUAGCUUCACCAUCUUUGUCAUCACCAGUGCUAGUUGAACAUUUGCAGAAUGGAACACAGACUCUUCUAAACAACAACAACAACAAUAAAGUGGUGUCACACAAUCAAAGCCAAGAGAAAGUGUAUCCCAAACCAGUGUAUUCAUACAGUUGUUUGAUCGCCAUGGCGUUAAAGAACAGCAGGACAGGGAACCUACCUGUCAGUGAAAUCUACAACUUCAUGAUAGACAAUUUUCCAUACUUCAAGACAGCUCCUGAUGGAUGGAAGAACUCUGUGCGACACAACUUAUCCCUGAACAAGUGUUUUGCGAAGUACGACACAGGGAAGCCCACAGGGCAGCAUACACGCAAGGGCUGCCUCUGGGCUCUCAACCCUGCAAAGGUCGAAAAGAUGGAUGAUGAGAUCGUCAAGUGGCGGAAAAAAGACCCAGAGUCUGUCAAGCUUAGCAUGUCUAAACCUGAGAACUUGGAACUGAUAGAGCAAGGCAAGGCUGGGCCUCCGCGGGAGAGCCAUGAGGAGCCAGCCACGCCCAUCAAACAGGAGCCUAUACCGGUCCAGGUGACACCCGUCAAGUCGAAAGGUCUGGUGCUGGGAAGGGAGGUAUAUGCGGGGCCAGGUGGGCCAGUGACCAUCAUCAAGCGUGAGGCAUCAGUCAGUGUGAAGUUAGAGCCAGAGAUCAACGUCACUGACGUCAGUACGUACGACCCGCCAAUGCCUGAUGUCGGCUGCCAGACACACCUGUGGGAUGAGGACCUAUCAAUAUCAGUGGGGAAUUCCGUCCACUCCACCCCACCCCCCUCUUCUCCGCUCAUGUCCCCUACGUACAACGGAGGCAGCCAUUACCAUGGUAACAUUACCUACACGUGUAUGAGUCCCCAGGGGGUGCGGAGCCCAAGCCUGACCCCCAACAAGAUGUACCCCCAGACCCCCACAAAGAUGUACCCUCAAACACCCUCCAAACUAGUCCUCGCAUAGUGGACACAGUAAACUCACUUUGCUCAAAUGUUUGAAUCUUGCUUUUCUGAUAAAAAAACUAACUUGUAUAAAUACUUUGUAAUAGUAAAUACUGCAAGAAGAAUUCUACAAUGAUAACACAGUGGUUUACUUUUAUUUGGAUGUUGAGAUUCUGACCUUACUCACAAUAUUAUUUUUAUUCAAGAACUUACAAUAUGAAAUAUGCAUUGCCUUCAAUUGCUUGUAUUUUUCUAACACUCAUUUACUGAAUGGUUAUGUUGUACCAGUGUAUCCAUUUCCAGGGUUUGUGCAAAGAGAUUGUGCAAAGCUUUAUUCUUUCCUGAAAAAUAUCCAUUUAUUCCAGUAAACUCAAUAUCAUUGAAUUCAUGUUUUGGCUUUCACAUGAUGAUGUGAUUUGAAGUCCAAGUGUUUGCAUUGCUGUGAAUUUCAUUUCAUAUGUUACAUAUAUAGAGUUUUAUUUUUAAUUGAUAGCUUGCUUAUCUUUCAUUUCAUGUUACUGUUACCAUGGUACCCUUUAUACAUGUCUAAGAACUUAGUGGUUUUCAUUACAUGUUAGUUACCCUUUAUACCUGUCUAAGAACUUAGUGGUUUCCAUAGCAUGGUAAUGACAUCACUGUAAUAACUAUGUUAAAGAUGUGUAAUGGCUAUGAAUAAACAUAUCCAUUUUGUGCAAUUUUGAAUUUGAUACAAAUAAUACAACAGAAUGAUUUCCUAAGCUUAUAGUAGGACAGCCAGAUGCGAGCAAAAUCUGGCUCUAGUCUCUAAAUGUGUUCAAACCCUUCACAAGCACUCCAAAAAGCAUUUAAUGCAUACACAUAUGGUAGCUUCUAUGUACAGAUAUUGGUAUUAAUUUAUAGAUUUAUAGUGAAAAUAAUACCAAGGCUUUUUUUCUCUCCCUUCAAAAGGCAAAUGGGAUAUAGAAAUGGUAGGCGUGUGUGUGUGUGUGUGUGUGUGUGUGUGUGUGUGUGCGUGCGUGCGUGUGUGUGUGCGUGUGCACGUGUGUGUGUGUGUGCAUGUGUGUGUGUGUGUGUGCAUCAUGGCAAUCUUGACCGGAGCAUAACUUGAAGUCUUUGAGGUAUUGAUUUCAAACAUCAUAUACAGAUAGAUCUUAUUGAGGAAAAGUGCAGUGCACAAAAUCCAUAACUCUGGGUGCAGUCUUUUUCUAGUUAUUGCCCUCUAUUCAUUUUGAUACUUACCAUAUAUUUUGUCCAGAGCAUAACUCAAAAAGUCUUUGAAAUAUUGACUUCUAACUUCAUAAACAGAUAGGUCUCAUUGAAGAGAAGUGCAGUGUACAAGGAUCAUAACUCUGGGUGCAGCAUUUGUUUAGUUUUUGCGUUUUGUUCAUUGUAAUCCUUUUUCGAAAAACGAAGUUGAUACUGUUCUUGCUUCGGCUAGUGAUAUGUCAGUCUGUGACUGCUUUACUUUCAAUUGUAAUCCAACAAGAGUUAUAUUUGAUUGUAGUUUGAUUGGUGCAGUAGUUAAUUUUUAGAAUACUUGAAAUGUUUCUUUAAUAUAGUAUGUUUAUAGCUUGUAAAGCAGUCGGUUGAAUUUAGCAUAUAAUGUAAAAACUUUAAAUGUGACUAUGAAAGAAAUUUUUACUGGUGGUAAUUAUAAUGUAUUUUUGACAGUUGC